GUGAAGGGCGCUGUGUCGACCUAAUGUGUUGUUGUUGUGUAUUCUGUUGGCGAUGGGGCGGAGGAACCUGUGGACUCUGGCAAAUGACGUCGCUGCCGUUUAUUGCUCGGUGUUUUAUUUCUCAGCAAUCAUGUGCUGGUUUAUAGCGGAGGAGAGUGAGCAGACACCCACACACACAUACACGCACACACCUAACCACGGACAGAAGCUGAGGCUGUUUAUGCUGGGUCGAGUGGACAGUGCCCCGAGAGACACAGAAACCUGUGUGUCACGGACCCAGCAACUGAAUGUAUCUGAAUGGGGAACAGCCAGAGCCUCUGCCAUUGAUCGGGCUGUGACGGGACACAUGGAUUUAGACAUUCACCAUGUGGAGCCAAAGCCCGGGGACCAGAUAGAGAUUUUCCGUCAAACUUAUCAACACUGGGCCAUUUAUGUGGGUAACGGAUAUGUCAUUCACAUCACUUUACCCAAUAAGGCCUGCAGCGGCAUUUCCUUGUUUGGGGUGAGAGCGCUGGUGAAGAAGGAGCUGCUCAGGGAUGUGCACCGGGGUGACCAUUACCAGGUGAACAACACGUUGGACUCGUUGUGGCCGCCGCGAGCGGCCGAGGAUAUAGUGCGCGAUGCUGAGAAGUUCGUGGGCCUCAAAGUCAGUUACAAACUCUUAAAAGCCAACUGUGAGCACUUCAUUACCCGGCUGAGAUAUGGCGCGGACUGGUCUGGGCAGGUAUGGAGAUUCUUGAACCUGCUCUACGUGAUGGGUAUACCGGUCAGCCUCCGCGUCAGAAAACACCUCUAUAAGCUCAAGAGACAAAGCAAGCCGUCGUAAGCGGAGUAUCUCUCCUCCGCCUGCCCCCGCUUUUCCGUCCCGCGGACACCAUCCGCGGAAGGUCCACGCGGGGCGUUUUUGACCGGAGCGAAUAAGCGGAGCCGUGGGUGGGU